CAAACUCAAAUUUCGUGAGAUCUUUACUCGGAAUUAUUAACACAAGCUGCAUAUUAUAAAAGCACAUUAUGGGUAAAAAAGGAAAGGUUGGAAAAAGUCGAAAAGAUAAAUUUUAUCAUUUAGCUAAAGAAACAGGUUAUAGGGCUCGAUCUGCCUUUAAAUUAAUUCAAUUGAACAGAAAGUUUGCUUUUUUACAAGAAUCCAGAGUAUUGAUCGACCUUUGUGCUGCACCAGGAGGAUGGUUACAAGUGGCUUCAAAUUUUAUGCCUAUGUCUAGUGUUAUUAUUGGUAUUGAUUUAGUACCAAUAAAGCCAAUAAAAAAUGUUACCACUAUACAAGCUGAUAUAACCACUGAUAAAUGUAGACAGCUUGUCAGAAAGGAGUUAAAAACAUGGAGUGCUGAUGUUGUACUUAAUGAUGGUGCUCCUAAUGUUGGUGCCGCAUGGGUGCAAGAUGCUUUUUCACAAGCACAACUUGCACUUUCUGCACUAAAACUUGCAUCUGAACAUCUAAAAAGAGGAGGGUGGUUUAUUACUAAAGUCUUUCGUUCAAAAGAUUAUACUGCGUUAUUAUGGGUGUUCCAGCAGUUAUUUAAAAAAGUUCAUGCUACAAAACCUCAGGCAUCAAGAAAUGAAUCUGCUGAAAUAUUUGUUGUAUGCCAAGGAUACUUGAAGCCAGAUAAGAUGGAUGAAAGGUUUCUGGACCCAAAAUAUGUUUUCAAAGAAAUACAACAGGACUCAAAGAUUAGAUUGAACAUAUUGAAACCAGAAAAAGUAACUCGACAAAGAGAGGGUUAUCCAGAAAAUAACAUUACGCUUCAUACCACUAUAACUGACAAAGAAUUUAUAACAUCAAGUGAUGCUGUUGAAAUACUAUCCACAACUAACAAGAUUAUUAUACAAGAUGAAAAAAUUAUAGAACAUAAAGCAACAACUAAUGAAGUUAAAGCUUGUUGUGAAGAUAUAAAAGUACUUGGUAGAAGAGAGUUAAAAUUAUUAUUUACAUGGAGAAAAAAAAUAAGGAAAGAUUUUAAACUGGAGAAAGAGGAAAGUAAAGAAAACAUUGCAGUUGAAGAAAUAGAGAAAACAGAAGAUGAAAAACAACAAGAUUUGGAUAAAAUGAUAACUGAGUUGAAAGAAGAAGAACUUCAUGAUCUCAAAAAAAAAAAGAAGCAUGUGAGAGAACAAAAAAAGAAACAACGUCAAAGACUUGCUAAUAAACUUACAGAUAAUACUGGUGAUAUUGGUACAGAUGAGCAAGAUCUAUUUUCUCUUCAACAUAUUCAAAAUAAAAAGGAGUUAGAAACUAUUGAAAAUCCUGAUGAUGAUGUAUACCAUAGUAGCAGCGAAAUAGAGUUUGAAUCUGAUGAUCAACAAAAUGAGUCAGAUGAUAAUAGUAGCAAUGAUUCAGAUGAAAAAAAUAUCUACUUAGAUGAUGAACUGUAUGAUAAACUUCCAAAAAGACAAAAGUUACAAAUUGAGGAAAAAAAAAUAAAAAAAAAAAAAAGAGUUCAAAAUGAUAAUCCCCUUUUGGUUGACCUAGGUGAUAAUGUAAUAAAUGAUGAAAAACAGUUAGCACUCAAUAAAGCCAAAGAGUGGUAUCAAAAGGUUGCUUUUGAAGGAGUAGAAGAAAGUGAUAGUGAAAUGGAUGAUGAAGUUGAAGAAAAAGAAAAAUCCGUAAUCAAUAAAAAAAUUAUUGUUGCUGAUGAAAAUGAUUUAGAAAAUGAAGAUAGUGAAAGUGGUGAUGACAGUGAAAUUGAUGAUCGAAGUAUUUCUCAAGGGAAAAAUUUAGAAAAAGCAGAAGCAGCAGCUAUCAAAGAAAAUACCGAAAAUAAAAAGAUUGGAUUUUCUAUUGCCCCACAAACAAAUGGUGUACUUGGUCCAGAAGCACUCGCUUUAGGUACUGCAAUGGUAACUUCCAAAAAAAGAAAAAGAGAUAUAGUUGAUGAUGCAUAUAAUAGAUAUAGCUUUAAUGAUGAGGGAUUGCCUAAAUGGUUUAUCGAAGAUGAAGUGAAACAUACUGUUAGACAUAUUCCUAUAACUAGAGAAGAAGUAGAGUUUUACAAACAAAGAAUUCGAGAUUUAAAUGCUCGACCAAUUAAAAAAGUUAUUGAAGCUAAAGCAAAGAAAAAGUCACAAAUGCUAAAAAAAUUAGACCGUGCUCGUCGUAAAGCUCAAGGUAUACUUGAUGCCACAGAUACAGGAUCAAGAGAAAAGCAAGAACAAAUUAAAGGCAUUUAUAAACGAGCUGGUUUAUUGAGUAAAAAGAAAGUUGAAACUACUUAUGUUGUAGCAAAAAAAGGGCUAGCUGGAAAAAAAUAUUCUCGACCCGAUGGAGUAAAAGGGCAGUUUAAAGUUGUCGACCCACGUAUGAAAAAAGAUCUUCGAGCUUUUAAAAAUAAAGAAAAAACAAAAGGACGAAAAAAAAGACGUUAGGCAAUUCAAUAUAAUUCUAAAUUUUAAUUAUCUUGUAUUUUUGCUUUUUACAUCGAAAUAUUUAAAUGGCUCCAGAGA